UCGCUCUCGAGGUACAACCGUUCCAGAGCGUGUAGGGAUUGGAACGCAGUAUCCACGGGAAGGAAAAGUUAGGACACCGAGGAUUGUUCGGCAACGAGGUGUGCGAGGUCGGGUGGGGGCACGAGGACGUCGUUGAUGCCGAGAAGUAUCCCAUUCCCUGCGUCAAUCUUCCCCUUUACUAUCUCCACUCCACCCUUACCAAAAGCAUCUACUCCAACCCAGGCGCCUUGAUCCCGAACGGCCACUCGCAGUCGCUGAGGUUCUGAUCCCAAUGAUCCGCCUGGUACCGGCAUCCAUGGGGGAUUUGGCGAGGGGUCCUUUGAGGGUGGCUCUAGAGGAGAGUGCGGAUAGUGGAGGGUCUUUAAGACUUGAGGAGGGUUGGGGAGGUCCGGAACAGCAGGGACGGUAUAAUUUAUGAUAUGGUAGAAAAGCUGCUGUCUAAGCUUCUCCUGGAUAUUAUCGGUCAUGAUGAAGGCGUCAUCGUGAGCAGCUGCAUUCCAAAGAUCGUCCUUGUGGAUGGCGUCGUUCGUGGGUGCGAAAAACGUGCUCCCGUUGAGACGAUUCAGCGUCGGGAUCAAACGCGCGCGUUGGAGUAAGCGAAGUAAAGAAGUGUAGUCAGGAUCAGCAUUGAGGGCGUCAACUAGGGUAGGAGAGAAGAUAGAUAUUUGAGAGGGAACGACAGGCGUAGCCAGCAGUAGCAAGGGCCACAACAUGGUGGUUUGAGUUCGGUUGAGUAAAGCGCAGCGUGUGCAGAGAUGACGUCCACCUCCUAUCAUCAUCACAUCCCGUUUAGGUGAGCCUGUCAACGACGGACCUUGCCCUAUGCAGCCUUGAUGCUCUCGUUGGUCUCGCUCCUCCAGUCGCCGCAACACGCUUUUCAGACUUUCCAACUCCCGAACUCUACUCUUCUGCUACACGCGUCGGCUGAUGGCAUUGUUAUCCGCGAUGCACUGUCUCUCGCCGUCGUACGCGUGCUUGCGUUUUGGGAGGCGUUCCCUGGAUCAAGUGGCCAAGUGUCUUGCCUUUCCGUCGACUCCGGCAUGAAACUCAUUGCCGCCUCGAUGGGAUCCCGAAUAGCGGCGUGGUCCCUCUCGGGCGUCGAUCAGAAUGCAUGGCGGCUUCAUUCGACUUUGGUGUUUCCUGUGGGUCAUGAAGUCACAUCCAUGGACAGCAAAUCCGGUUUGCUUGCUGUGGGCAGCACAUACGGCUUGUCUGUAUACACAUUGAUACUUGAAAACGAUCUACCAACAUGGUCUCAAAAAUGGAUUAUUUCUUGCGCAGGCAAUCCGAGGGAUCUCCACAUACAGGACAACCAAUCUCUUCGGAUCUAUUCUACAACAUCUGGGCGCUUAACACAAAAUAUCUCCCAUCCACGGCCUAUUACCGACUUCUCUUGGAGGCAGCCUGAAGCAUCUAGCCGGGAUGAUCUAAUACUCUACACUAUUACAACGGACUCGACACUGCGCAUAUUCCUACCGGUCCUGGACUCACCCGAACAUCUGCAAUUGCAUGCAUCACUAGAUCUCUUCUCCUCGAUACCAUUCAGCAUAACAGGCAAGAUGCCCGCCAGUUCCAGCAUCUUCUGGUUGGACAGGCAGAUGGUCGACAGAUGUCUUUCUGUAGCAUCAGACGAGAGCAAUGCGCAGGAAAACCCGCGUAUUCGACGGAUGAAAGAAAUCAAGGAUGAGGGCUGGGAUCUAUUUCUUCGAAUUGUGGAUGACGGUUCGGCCGUGAUCACUGCAGUAGCGGCAAGUCUUUCCUCACCGCCACCAGGGCUUGACUUAAAGUUUCCAGAACAUAGACCGGCGACCGCCAACGCUCUUAAAGCAACUGGUCGUCCAGCAAACUCCCCGGGGACGUUUCCUUCUGCCCCGAAACACCUACAUCUGCUACCAGGGACAAAACCAGACUCGCUGACGCUUGUGACGUUAUCACCGUUGCGGACGUACCAAUUCUCACCAUCGUCCUUCUUCGAUGCUGAUCCAGAAGGCUUGCUCUCUCUCUCUGCGGCGCCAGAAUGGCGCAAUGCAGAGGAAUCGCGAAUUCUUCGGUUUGUGCGAACUCCGGAUGGAAGCGGUGUUGGCGUCAUCCGCGAGACUGGUGGCGAAGCUUGGAAUCUAGGGCAAAACCACGGACUGCAACGGGCGGUUCAGUGGGGAGCAGCUGAUCAGGUCGUGGUUCUGGACGGUGUUGUCUCGACACCAGGAGAUGAACUCACCAUCUGGGACUCCAAAGAGUCGGAGUUUGCAACUGGUCUGGAAUACCACUGUGUCUACAAAGAGUCCAUUAACGAUCUAGAUUGGAGCUCGACUCCCGAUGCGCAAUCCAUCUUGGCUGUGGGAUUUCUGCAUCGCGUGGAACUCCUCUGCCAGCAGCGGUCGACCUAUUUCGAUCAGGCGAUCGGCUGGCUGAAGUGUUGGACGAUCGACAUUGGCUCCUUUAUUCCGUAUCAGAUCAGCGAUUCGAUCUGGCUGGCCAACGGAUCGCUGCUGGUCGGUGCUGGGCAUCAAAUGUUCUUGUUUGGCCAACGCCAAAUCGGAGAGGAAGGCCUGUUCGAGUACGUUGCUCGUCGGAACGGGCCACUGGAAGACUACCAUCCUCAGAUGCUGCUUCAGUGUUUAAUUUGGGACAAGGUCGAACUGGUCAAAGACAUCAUUUUCAACCUUGCACAGGACCUCGAAGGGUCGACGGAUGAGAACACUCGACAGUCGGUGCCGAUCGAGCGCUUUCUUAGAAAAGAGGCUAAAAACGCUCCAAACGGUGCCCAUAAGAAACAGUACACAUUUCUUUUCAACGGCCCGGAACCGAAGGAUGAGGAAGAAGACGGUUUCAAUCGCACUCUUGUCGACCGUUUGAUGAAGGCUCUGGAGAAAAAACCUCUUCAACAUCUUACGCGGAAUGAAAAUGCGCAUCUGCUCGGACUUAUCCAAACUACGCUUGAAAUCGACGAGCAGCGGAGGGCACUGGACUCCAACGGUCUGCGAUAUCUCAUCUCGAUGCGCGAGAGCCAAGAUCUGCUGUUGUCAGCAUCGGCUGCCGCAUGCAACAACAAGAUGUGCUGGGCUGACGCCAGAGCCCUCGGAGUCGCUUUGUGGUUGAAUUCCGUCGAAAAUCUGAGAUCGCAGAUGGAGAUUGUCGCCAGGAAUGAGUUCAUGGCUGGUGACAACAGAGAUCCGGUCGCUUGUUCGCUGUUCUACUUUGCGCUUGGAAAAGUGAAGUUGGUGCACGGUCUCUGGAGACAAUCCGCCUGGCAUAAAGAACAAGGGGCUAUGCUCAAGUUUCUGUCAAACGACUUCACAGAGCCCCGGUGGCGCACUGCGGCUUUGAAGAAUGCUUUUGCUCUGCUCGGGAAACAGCGCUUCGAAUAUGCUGCCGCAUUCUUCCUUCUCGGUGGUGCACUUCAAGAUGCGAUCAAUGUCUGCCUAAAGCAUCUGCGUGACUUCCAGCUGGCGGUGGCGCUGGCCAGGAUUGUCGAGCAGAGCAACGAGGGUCCCGUGCUGCACAAGAUCCUCGAGGAGACCGUCAUUCCCACAGCGUUCCAGGAAGGGAAUCGAUGGCUGGCCUGCUGGGGCUUCUGGCUUCUCCACCGCCGGGACCUGGCUGUGCGCAUCCUCCUCACUCCCUUGCACGACAUCGCCGAGUCUCUUGACAUUAAAGACAUCGGGCAGGCCAAUUAUGACGAUCCGAGCCUGGCUUUGUUGUUUUCGCAGUUGCGCUCGAAGACGCUCCAAGCCGCAUCUGGAACGAGCCAGAUUUCCGGACGGGUCGAAUUCAACUUUGUUCUGCAGAUGGCCCGGGUGUUCUGCCGUAUGGGUAUGCUGUCCAGCACUCGCACUGGAUCUCGUCCGGUCGUGGCAAUUCGACCGUCCGUCCAUCGAGAAGAACCGACCGAUUGCGAGACGUCCUACAUUUGCACUUGGUCCCAGCCAACGCCGCCGGUCAUCGAUUGUGAUCGACAUGGAGAUCCCGUCUUGCCAGGGACCCGGCCCGGCUCUCCCGUGAGACCAACACUGAUGUCCUCAGUCAUCGUCGAGGAGCCGAGCAACGACAAGGAGGACCUCACUGCGAAAAAAGCGGGGCUGGGGAAGCUUAUGAAAUCCGCAAAACAGAAUGUGACUGUGCCGGAGUUCAAUAUGGAUGCGUUUUUCUGA